CUUUCCUGUCCUGCUUAGUGCUCUGGCUAUUUUGUGUAUGCACGAAUCUUAGUUUGGACUUUUGAGCUGUUUUAUCUCUCUAACGUGAAUUUCAGAGAUUGAUCCUACGAAAGUCCUCAGUUUUGGGUCAUUGGUUGACAGUGGAUAGCGAAUUUUGCCAGUAUGAGUGCAGGAGAUGACAGAAAAGAACUAAUUCUGAAAGGAUUUAAGUUAAACUGGAUGAAUCUGCGAGAUGCUGACUCUGGUAAAGUAUUAUGGCAGGGGAGUGAUGACCUGUCAGCUCCAGGACCUGAGCAUGAGGCAAGAGUACCAAAAAAAAUUUUAAAAUGCAAGGCGGUCUCCAGAGAGUUAAACUUUUCUUCUGAACAAGAAAUGACAAAAUUCAGACUUGAACAAAAAGUCAUGUUCAAAGGGAAGUGUUUAGAAGAAUGGUAUUUUGAUUUUGGAUUUGUGAUCCCAGCAUCAACAAACACAUGGCAGUCACUCAUAGAAGCUGCUCCUGAAUCACAGAUGAUGCCUGCACAGGUUCUGAGUGGCAACGUGGUGAUUGAAACAAAGUUCUUUGAUGGAGACCUCCUUGUCAGCACAUCAAGAGUGCGAGUAUAUUAUGUCUGACUUGGACGAAGAAAACCUUUUUCUAUACUCUAACUUUGUAAAGUUUUCGGGAUGCUUUCCAUUUGUCAGAACUGGCUAUUUCAACCAUGGUGUCUGUAAAUGUAAAAGGUCCAUUCCUGACCUAACUGGUACCCUCCAUCGAGUAUGGCCAGUUUAAGCCUGUUUUCUCUUGCAGACCAUUCAUGAAAUGCUCUUGAUGGUAUGAAAAUAAUUGUUAAAACUUCUGGCAUGGAAAACUUCUGGGAGAAAACAACUCACAUGCCUUUGCUCAAGAGAAGUGAACUUUCAUUCUCCAUUUACACUGGCUGGAACUGUUUCCUACAUUCUGGCCAGAGCUGGUAAAUGGAAAGCACCGUCAAUGUACAGUGUUAUAAUCUUUAGGACAGUUCUAGUCAAUGAUCACUUUCACCCGUGUGUUAAUAACAGACGCUUCAGUGGGAGUUGUAGCAUGAUAAGAUUUCGAUAUUUGUUUUUCAGUCCUUUAAUAUCAGAUGAUUACUAUUUUCAAUUGAGAGAGGUGCAAAUGGAUGUUUGGCAACCAUGUUGUGACAUUAAAAUCAUAUUGUUGUCAUGAGCAAUUGGCCCCAUUUCCAGUGGCAAGGUGUUGUGUGAACUCUAUGGUAGAGUUUCAUGUUUGAUGGUGAGCCACAGUUACUAAGGGAAGCAUGGAAGGUUGCCUGUGAUAACACCUUAAUUUUAGGGUUAAAACCCAGUCACCAAGCUUUUAGUGUGCAUCACUCAAUGGAUAACCAUGGAAUCAUUAUUCAAUUUAACUUUGUCAAUGUGAUGUUCAAUUGUUAUGGCUGUGAAUAAUUUUAAAAGUCCUUUUUUUGGGAUUGUCCAAUGGAAAUUCUCUGUCAGUAGGCAUCUUUUUGGGAUUUUCUUUAAGAAAUAUGGUUCAGGAAAUACUGUAGAGUAAUGGGAUUGUAUACUGCGUGACAGUUCCACAUCUGAAUGUGGAAAUGCUAGGUCAUUGGACUUGAGUCAGCGAGUUCUGUGCAGCAAGCAGAUAAUAUUCUGAUCUCCAUUGCUAAAUGAAACCAUUUUUUUUUAUUUUCUCACUUGUGUACAUACACUAAAGCUCAGUUUUAGAAAUUCACACAUUUUAGAUCCAUACAGAUCUGCAAAGUGUCCACAUUUGAAUAUGUACUCCUGAUGUAAUUAGUAAAUGGUAAUGAAAAGAAACGAAGGGAAAAAAAAAGGAAAUCUAGGAGGAGAAAUGAUGGUCUGCCUCCCCUUUGGAUCUGUUGUUAUAAGAAACAGAAACUUUCUGGGAAAGCAAAUGCAGCAGAUUUAGCUUGCCAGUUAGAUUUAUUUAUUAAAAUACAUCAAGUAGUUUAGCUUUGCCCUGCUCAACUGUGGUGGUUCUUGUGAGAAGUGCAGGUUUUCUCCCUGGUUGGUAAAGCUAAAUGUGUUUCAUCCCGUAGAGUGGUCAUGUCAAAUGAUGACUUUUUAAUGUAAUUACGACAUAUAUACUUGAGCAUUUGCAUUGCAUACAUGCAAAAUUGUGUGCUAUGUAAUUUCUUGAUUUUGGUGUUAUAUUUUUCUGUGAUAAUUGAUUGAAUUGCAAAUUUGUGAUUACUUUGUCAGUAGUACAGCUGGUAGUUGUUGAUAGGAUUGUAUAACAGCUGUAAAUCAUUCAUUUUGCCACAAUAAAAGAAAACUUCGAGACA